CAGCGUGUGAACACUGACCUCCGCAGAACGGCGCUCAACCGCCGGUAUUUCUUGGCCGUUGUGCACUUUCAACUUCGUUUUUGGAAAUUUUCCAUAUGGAUCUUCAGCCAAGGGUUAAUUAGCUUAGAAGAAAUCGCCCUCUGCUGUCAGAGCCCUAGUUGCUGAUAGAUAGAGAUAAAUAUAUCCGAGAAGAAGCGAAAAUGAAGCAGAAGAGAGACGUUCUGCAUUCCGCGAAGCUGCUCAAGUACAUUCUCAUUGGAUUGAUUGUGUUCCUCGGUUUGGUUUGUCUCUAUAAUGGUUCUGUCGUCGCUCCCGCUCUGUCGAAAAAAGGCUUUGAGACGUUCGACGAUGGCUCUGAUCCCGUCGCCGCUAGAGGCGAUGACGUCGAAGACUGGAUUGAUAAUAUGGAGCACAGCCUGGAACUUCCCAAAAGAAUUCAUGUCUGUGAUAUGAAAUAUUCGGAGUUGAUUCCAUGUUUGGAUAGGAAUUUCAUAUAUCAAUCCAGGUUGAAGCUCAACUUGACUUUGAUGGAGCAUUACGAGAGGCAUUGCCCACCUCCGCAGCGUCGUUACAAUUGCCUCGUUCCUCCGCCGGUUGGUUACAAGAUUCCAAUUAGAUGGCCGGCCAGUAGGGACCAAGUGUGGAAAGCAAACAUACCCCAUACGCAGUUAGCAACAGAGAAAUCAGACCAGAACUGGAUGGUGGUUGAGGGAGACAAAAUAAGGUUUCCUGGUGGGGGGACGCAUUUUCAUUAUGGAGCUGACAAGUACAUAACAUCUAUUGCAGCGAUGCUCAAAAUUCCUGGUGAAAAGCUCAGUAAUGGUGGAAAGAUAAGAAAUGUACUUGAUGUGGGUUGUGGUGUUGCUAGCUUUGGUGCAUAUCUUCUCUCACACAAUAUCAUAGCUAUGUCAAUUGCUCCAAAUGAUGUACACGAGAAUCAAAUACAGUUCGCCUUGGAGAGAGGGAUUCCAUCUACAUUGGGUGUCUUGGGCACCAUGAGACUGCCUUAUCCUAGUAGAUCAUUUGAGUUGGCACAUUGUUCCCGUUGUAGGAUUGACUGGCUCCAACGAGAUGGCAUUCUUUUGUCAGAACUGGACAGAUUGCUUCGUCCUGGUGGAUAUUUUGUAUACUCCUCACCAGAAGCAUAUGCACAUGAUCCUGAGAACCAAAGAAUAGGGAAUGCUAUGCAUGAGUUUUUGAAAAAAUUGUGCUGGAGAGUGGUUUCAAGGAGAGACCAAACAGUGAUAUGGGCUAAAUCUCUGAGUAAUAGCUGUUUUACAAAGAGAAAUCCAAGAACGCUACCUCCCUUGUGCAGCUCUGAUGAUGAUCCUGAUGCCACUUGGAAUGUGCUUAUGAAGGCAUGCAUUACUCCCUACUCACCAAAGAUGCAUCGGGACAAAGGGAGCGGACUAGAACCUUGGCCACAGAGGCUUACAGCAGCACCUCCUCGCUUAAAAGAAAUUGGUAUUAGUAUAGAAGAAUUUCAAAAAGACACUAGUAUAUGGCAUGAUAGAGUUGUUGACUAUUGGAAGCAAAUGAGAUCUGUUGUGCAGAAGAACUCUUUCAGAAAUGUUAUGGACAUGAACUCAAACCUUGGUGGAUUUGCUGCUGCCCUCAAAGACAAGGAUGUUUGGGUGAUGAAUGUUGCUCCUGUCAAUGCAUCUUCUAGAUUGAAAAUUGUUUAUGAUCGAGGCUUAAUGGGAACUGUUCAUGAUUGGUGUGAAUCAUUUUCAACAUAUCCACGCACUUAUGACCUACUUCAUGCCUACAUAGUCUUCUCAGACAUCGAGUCUCAUGGCUGUAGCACAGAGGAUCUACUUAUUGAGAUGGACCGCAUGCUACGACCGGAAGGAUUCAUCAUUAUAAGAGACACACUUCCUGUUGUAAACCAUAUAAGAAAGUUCCUAAAAGCAUUACGGUGGGAUGGCUGGGUAUCAGAGGUUGAACCUCGGGGUGAUGCUCUCUCAUUGACUGUUGAAGAAAGAGUUUUAAUUGCAAAAAAGAAAAUGUGGGAAUAGGAUCUUACGGUGCUGUGAAUUUGAUACCUUGAAACAAGGAAUGGAUGGCAGGACCUUGAUAUAACAACAAUUAACAUCCAAAGGAUGACGAUAUUUUCAAUUGUGAUUCGAGAUCAACAAUGCAAAUUUCUGUGAAAACCUUACUAUUAAAUUGUUAGCAGCAAGUUGUAAAUUUUGAAACCUACGUUGAGGGAUAGCAAUCAUAUUUUAUGGGGGAACCAAGUGGAAGUGGUUUUUCCCCUUUGUUGUUCUUAUUGAUCACCAAGUCCGACAACCUUUUUAUGCAAAA